UGGCAGAGGCUGUGGUCAGUCUUCAUUUGACUUGGAAUGGUUUCAAAUCGCAAGCAGCCGCGCUUAACCUGAACACCCAUUCACCAAGCAUAUCCAGUGGAUCGAUGUUACUCUAAUCUUUGAAGCUGCACUGUCAUAUAUACAGGCUUGAAGACAUGAUCACUAGCACCGGUAUUUAUGGCCUAAAGAUGCAGUGGACCCCAGAGCAUGCACAGUGGGCUGAGCAGCACUUUGAUAUCUCCUCCACCACACGCUCUCCUGCACACAAAGUGGAGGCCUACCGGGGGCACCUGCAGCGCACCUAUCAGUACGCCUGGGCCAACGACGACAUCUCUGCACUCACCGCCUCCAACCUGCUGAAGAAAUACGCAGAGAAGUACUCUGGGAUUUUAGAGGGUCCGAGUGAGCGAGCGCUGCUCUGCUCCUAUUCCGAUGGCACUCCUGGACUCUUGAAUGGACGUAAGUCAGAGAGUGAGUCCUGGCAGGAGGGGAUUUACCCAAUGAACUGCGCUCCAGAUGUUAUAUCUGUGAGCAAAUCUGGAAUGACAGCUGCCCUUCCCCCAACAGACGUGUCGGCCAGCAUAGGUAGCACCCCAAGGGGGGCCAGCAGCUUGACCGAGCCCAGCUAUUCCAGCAGUAACUGUGGGAGUCACACAGCCACCAGUCUACACUCUGGUCUGUCCGCUCAGGAAUACGCUACGGGUUACAAUGGCUCCUACCUGCACUCUAGUUACAGCGGGCAGACCGCCUCAGGCCUCCCCUCUCCAUUGCACAAUGCUGGUCUCCUACAACCCCCGCCCCCACCCCCACCACCUCCCCCUACUCUAGUGCCCAGCUACAACGCGGGGUCUCCCAACCUCUCCAACUACAAUUAUCCUCCGACAGGGUAUCCCCCACAGACAGCUGUUGCCCCUAGCUAUAGCCCUGGGGGAGCUCCACCUCCCUCUGCCUAUCUGCCAUCAGGCAUCGCAGCUCCCACGCCCCUACCCCCCUCUACACUCCCUGGCUAUACCUACCAGUCCCAUAACCAUGCACCAAUUGCACCAACACCUUUGAAUGGCAGCUCAGCCAACUCAUUGAAAAGAAAAGCUUUCUACAUGACGGGGCAUGGAGAUAUGGACUCCAGCUAUAGUAAUUUCAACUACAACCAACAGCGCUCCUCUCAAAGCCCUAUGUACAGAAUACCAGACAACAGCAUCUCAGACUCAAGCAGAGGGAAUGGAUUUGACAGGAAUGCUGAUCCGUCAUCUUUAGCAUUUAAGCACACGAAGCAGCCAAUACCCUCAGAUCAGCAAAGAAAAUGUUGCAGUCAGUCUGGCCGAGCAUUAACCCCUCCCUCCUAUGGAUCAGCCAAAAGCUCUGUGGGAGGCCUGAGAUCGGGCGAGUCCUUUGGAAAGUUUGGAACCCCCAUAAUGAGUGAUCACAGUGAAGAGCAUAGACAGCUCCUCUCCCAUUCCAUAGCAGGGUCGGACAUUGGCAGCGCUACCUCAUCCAGCCACACCGCAGAGGAGCAGCUGAAGAACAGUGAUGCCAACCUCGUGGAGUUGGUCACCACAGAGAUCCUUCAGCCCGGUCCCCCAGUAGACUGGAAUGACAUUGCAGGUCUGGAGCUGGCCAAAGCAGCCAUCAAAGAAGAGAUUCUGUGGCCCAUUCUGAGGCCAGACAUGUUCAGUGGACUUGCCACAUUACCUCGGAGCCUCCUUCUCUUCGGACCUCAGGGAACAGGCAGAACACUGCUGGGCCGCUGCAUGGCCAGCCAGCUGGGGGCUGCCUUCCUGCGGCUCAGUGGCUCAGCCCUGGUGACCAAGUGGCUGGGGGAGGGAGAGAAGAUUGUCCAGGCCUCCUUCCUGGUAGCCAGGUGUCGCCAGCCCUCAGUGGUGUUCAUCAGUGAGGUGGACAUGCUGCUGUCGGCCCAGCUCAGCGAGGAGAGCCCAGUGAAUAGGAUCAAGAGCGAGCUCCUCAUGCAGCUGGACAGUGUGCUGACCACAGCCGAGGACCACGUCCUGGUGGUGUGCUCCUCCAGUAAGCCUGAAGAGAUCCAAGAGUCCCUGAGGAGGUACUUCACCAAACGGCUUCUCAUCCCCCUACCUGACAACACAGCACGACACCAGAUAAUCAGCCAACUGCUCUCACAGCACAACUAUUGCCUCAGUGACAAAGAGUUGUCACUGCUGGUCCAGCGGACGGAGGGUUUUUCGGGACUGGACAUGGCCCGGCUGUGCCAGGAGGCAGUAGUAGGACCGAUACAUGGCAUCCAAGCUUCUGACCUCUCAGCCAUCCAUCCCAGCCAGAUGAGACCAGUCUCUUACCAAGACUUUGACAAUGUAUUUAGCAAAUUCCAGUCCAACAUAUCCCAAAAAGAACUGGACACAUACACCGAAUGGAAUAAAAUGUUUGGUUGCAGUCAAUGAAACUGAAGCAUUCGAACAUGUGGGAAGGAAACCCCUUUCAGAAGGAUACCAUUUAGAAUUCUCAGUAAACAGGAAGUGGACAAGAGAAUAAUACAGGUAGUGGUGACUUUAACACCUGCAGUACAGUAAAGGCGUAAAGGUAGGCCUUAGAGAAGCAGAGGCAUGCUUUACACAACGGCUGGCAAUCUGCACACAACACAUAGAGAAAUAUUAUGUUGAUGCUUGAAACUGAUGAGGCCAAGCAUCGCCUACCAAGGUGCAAGUGGGUAGACUUUGUAACAGGAUGGAACCCCUGUGUGUAUAUAUCAGUUUGCUGUUCUGGAGAUUUAGUUGCUAUCAAGUGCCUGAAGUGGUGCUCUUUUAUUUUAUAAAAUUAUCUCUUCGCCUCACAAUCUACAUUGAUGGCAUGUGCUAAUAUAAAAAGCUUUAAUAUGAGACAAAAACUACAAAAUUGCUUUUUUCCAUUGAAACAGUAUUCCUCAACUGUGUCUGUUUUGCUCUCUCUGUGGACAGUAGAAAGUACAAGUGUCACUGGUAAUUUGAACCCUAAUUUAUAGACAUCGUUUAUUUUGAUGUUCUCUCUUUAUGAAAACUCAGGAAAGUGAUUGUGAUAUGUACAGUACCUCAAAGAUUGUUUCAAAGCACUAAACAUUUGGCUUGCGUUUGAAUUUGCAUUAUCAAAAAAUGGAGGGUUACGGUACCUCGAAAGGCUAAAAAUGAGUAUGACAUUGAAUGUACCAGAGUAAUUCUGGAGUAUUUGGAAGACAAAAGGAGAAGUGUCGUGUUUUUCUUUUGCAAUUUCCCAAGUGAAGAAUCCUAUUGUGAAUAGAGUUUUAUUUGAUAUGUGGCAAAGAUGGAGGAAUGACGUUUCUUUGAUCAACUACAACACAUUCGACCGGCCUUCAUCGACCGGCCACCGUACAUUAAGAGAACACAUUUUAGGAUGUAUUUUUUUGUUAAACCUCAUCUGUAGGAGAAAGCAUAACAUAUGUAUUUGUCGAAUAUUAUCAGCAGCUUAAGUUUGUAUCUCAUCUGCAGAUAAAACUGUCAGGCCACUUGCGGAGAAAUGGGUACGGCUGAAAGCGAGCCUCGUGAGGUUGAAACAGUCCGUUUCCCCCAAGGUAUUUCAUUGCAUCCCGCUGCUGUUUUAUCAUUAAUGAAAACAAAGGAUUAUGUAUGCCCUAAGUUUUCUACCUCAGUUUAUUUGUUUUCUCUGAAAGCAGAAUCGAAGGGUAUGGCAAGAUGACAAAGCCUAUUUCGCUUAUUAAACUAUGAAGCCUUUUGAGGGAACAAAAAAGCUGCCUUGCUGACAACAAAAUCAGCUUAAGUUAGUGUUACGCCAGUGUCGUUCCCGUUCAUAGACACCUAUGUACAUGGAGUAUUCAUUUCUCAGAGCAUGAGCAGGUUGGUCUUGAAAAGGGGUCUGGAGACGUGUGGCUGUUAGCCCUAUCUUUAAGCCCUUGUUCUAGGGUCAUUUCUUACAGCAAAGCUAUGUUAUUACUAACUAUCAGUGUUCAGUAAUAUGCCAGAAAAGGGGUAAUGGAGACACAAGGCCUGAUGAAUGCAUGAAAAAGCCUUGCAUUUGUUUUUAUUUUUUUCUUCCUUUUCUUUCCUAUAGCAGUAUGAAAACUGUUAGAAGGCACUAGUGCAUUGAAAGGGAUGCCCUACAGUACCACUGAAAGUACUAUCAGUACAGUGCAACUGCACUGAGGGAUCUUGCGUUUUUGUUCACCUGCAUUUCAAAGUGAUAUUUUCCCAAUUUGUGUUUCAUAUAUCUUAUAUUUACAUAUAUCUUAAAUUGUUUUGCUCUUACUCAGCUUAUUGUGUUUACAAUUACAAAAUAUAUUUGUUCAUCUCCAAUGAUGGCACUUACUUUGCUAUAUGGCUUUUAUUGCCAUAGAUAGAUAGGAUAAAAGUCCCCUGAAGUUAAGUGUAGUUUACCAAAUGCACUUUUGAAGCUUUGUUUAGUCAUACAAUAAUUUGUUUUCAAGUCUCCCUUGAAGCCAAAGUGAAAUCAACAGUUUUAUUUUGACAUAAGAUAUUUCAACUGAAACUGGCAAUUACUUACUUUAAUAGCGAGUUAAGCAAUUUUGCUUAUGCCAAUAGGGCAUGUUUAUUCAUGAAUUUAAGGCAAAGCAAUUAAACAUAUUGAAAAGA